GGUUCAUUAGGCUCCAAUGCUUCGACGAGUACCGAUGUAUGUUCCAGAUCGAGGAUGAACGGCUCAGAUGCGCAGCAAAACAACGACGACUGUCCGAAUUUUACACCAUGUGAAGGGUCUAAAAAGUUUUUGAAUUUUAGAAUUCCAAGGCGUAAGAUGACGAAAGAAGCUAUGCGCAGAUAUCUGUCCGAAGGAGUAGACUGCAUCGUUACUAUUUUUCAUGCCAAAGUUGCGCAAAAAUCGUACGGGAAUGAAAAGAGAUUCUUUUGCCCUCCACCUAGCGUGUACUUGCUCGGCGAAGGCUGGAAGCGUAAAAAGCAGCAGAUCGAGUUUCUGAACAACCCUCACAAGCAGGUUCAGAAGAUUACCUCCAUUCCUCAUGCCUCGAAUGUUCCUGGGUCCGCUGUCAGUCUGUUGCCGUGCAGCGGCGCGGAAGACCCGCAACAGUUGAUCAAAGACAGCAUAGCCUCUGAUCUCAUUGCGUACAUCGGCAUUUGCGAGUCAGAGCAUGAGAAGCAGCCAUUGGACUUUUCUUCAGGCAAGAGCUUCUGUGCGGCUAAAACUUUGUUCAUCAGUGACAGUGACAAAAGGAAAUACUUCGAACUGGAAGUGAAAUUCGUCUACGGGUGCGGUUAUGAACUGGGCGUCUUUCCGUCGCAGCGCAUCAAAGUGAUCAGCAAGCCGAGCAAGAAAAAACAGUCGAUGAAGAACACCGAUUGCAAGUACCUCUGCAUCGCCAGCGGCACUAAAGUUGCCCUAUUCAACCGCCUUCGAUCUCAGACCGUCAGCACCCGCUAUUUGCACGUCGAAAACGGCCAUUUCCACGCCAGCAGCACACAGUGGGGUGCAUUCACCAUCCACCUUCUGGAAGACGACGAGGAAGAAUCAGAAGAGUUUGUCGUCAAAGAUGGGUACAUUCAUUACGGGUCUACUGUGAAACUGGUGGAUUCUGUGAGCGGCAUCGCUCUACCGCGGUUAAUCAUUCGCAAGGUGGAAAAACAGUGUGCGAUGUUGGACAGCGACGAGCCGGUCAGCCAGUUGCACAAGUGUGCGUUCUACAUGAAAGAAACGGAUCGCAUGUACCUCUGCUUGGCGCAGGAUAAAAUUAUUCAGUACCAGGUAACUGAAGUGGUUUCGUUUCGUGUUUUCACUGUUUGCACAUUCGUUUUGAACAUCGAGUCUUGCCUUCCUAUCAGCCUCUACCACCUUUUUAGCAUUCUGCAUUUGGUCACAAGUUUAAAGUCGUUGCGCGAUUAA